AUGACGGAGGAGAGUGACGACAUCAAAACUGGUAGCAGGGUCGGUCCUUUGGCAUUUUCCGGUGACUAUGUCGAGAUGGAGGAGGUCAUUGGCACUGGAGCACAGGGUCAGGUGUUUGCUUGUCAUCAAUUGCAAUCCCCCGGGCGUCGUUUAGCUGCCAAGGUGGUGGACAGCCAACGCCUGAUUCUGCUGGCUGAAGAUCCUGAUGAAGUGGUGAAGAAAUUAGAGAGUGAGGUCAGGAUACUGAGAAAUGCUGAGCACGAACACUGUGUUAGCCUCUUUGACAUUUUCCGCACCAAGCGCUGGAUCGUGUUGAUCAUGGAACGCCUGGAGGGUGGUGAGCUCUUCGAGCAAAUCGCGAAGAAGCGAGUCCUCAAGGAGCUGGAGGCCAAGUAUGUGAUGAGGCAAAUCGUCUCAGGGCUGUCCUUCCUCCACGGGAAGCACAUUGCCCAUCGAGACCUCAAGCCGGAGAAUAUUCUCAUCUCCAAGAUGCGCUGGGCAGAUCCGCCCAAUCAGGACUGCACCUUGUACGACAUCAAGAUUGCUGACUACGGCCUCUCAAAGUAUCGGGAGGAGGAGCUGAAGAGUUUGGUUGGAACUCCACAGUAUUGGGCUCCAGAGAUGCUGAUGGGUCGUGGGAGGGGCACGUAUGACGAACGAGUCGAUCUAUGGAGCUUGGGCGUACUGCUCUAUGUCAUGCUCUACGGCCGAUAUCCUUUCAAAGGCGAGAACGCAAAUGAGCAGAUCAAAGCAGCGCGCUUUGACCUCAGCCAUCCCAAAAAUGAGCCCUCUGAGGAGGCCAAGGACCUCAUCAGGAAGUUGCUGAAAGUGAACCCGAGCGAGCGGCUCUCUCUACAACACUGCCUGGAGCACCCAUGGCUGGCCGAGCCUGGCUCUGCGGCUGCCCGUGUGGCAGCCCAGCCUGUUUCAGCCCAGCCAGCAGCUCUAGUGGUUGCCGCAGCAGAGCGGAAGCUGCCGCCGCCCUUGGAUUUGAAGCAAUUGCUGAAGCUACAGAUGUCCUUGGGCCGAUCCUUGCAGAUCGCCUGCCUGGCCUGCCGCCAGAGCCAUCCGGCGCUCGCGGCCAUGGUUCGGCAGACCAUCACGCAGGCCUUCAUGCUAUGGCAGCAUGCCUUAAAAGUCGUCGGCCAGUAUGCUCAGGUCGCUCAGAAGGUCACCGAACGCGUGCUGCCGGACUUGGAUUUGGCGGUUCAGGAAGCUCAGCCAAAUCUGGGCGUCGAACUUCUUGGAAUGGUGGAAGGCUGGAUCCAACAGAUGACCAUGGAUGGCGACACCACACGGCGCCUUUGCGAUGAGCUGUCGAAACAGAUGGGCGAUCUCAUCACAGAGGCGCAGAAGGAGCGUGUGCUCAGCGAGGCCCCACAGGUGCCACGCCCAGAAGCCAUUUCCAAUGGUGCAGAUCAAACGAGGCAAGUUCUUCUUGACGGUCUCGUGGCAUUUGCUGAGCAAAUGUCCAAGGGUGCCGCUGAUGAAGGCAAAAGUCAAGAGCUCGUGGAAUUGCUCUUCAUGAGUCCUGGUAUGGGAGCUCCGAGACUUGAAGCUGGAGAGAGACAGAUUCCUGAGACAAAGAGCACCAGCAGUGAAGAAGGGAAGCCAGAGACUGGUCAGAUUGGCUACACUUCGGUGAAGCUGCGGGACCUGUCGCCCUCCUCCGGAGCGCCCACUUCACUGACGCCUGAGACGCCCUCGGAGCCCACGCCCUCCGGGCCUUCCAUCACGCCACAGACGGGGCAGCUGGCGCUGCUGCCGGCAGGUAUUUUGGGUGGUGCAGCCAAGUGGUCCUUCCCUGGUCGGGCAAAUGCGGGCACCGUGCAAAUGCAUCCUUUGUUGCGGGCAUUGUACGAGCUGCACCAGGUGAGUGACAUUCUGCGGCAAUGUACAUCAUUCUGGGGUCACAUUGAAGGCACUGUCAAGGAGCUGUCCCGCUCAAAGGACCACACCUUAUCCUUAUUGCGCUAUGCCUCAAAGAGCCAGCGCUUGAAGGAGCGUUUUGAUCAACGUCUGACCGAAUAUUCUGCCUUUUGGGCGUCGCUACUGGCCCUUUGCGAGAACUACUGCGCCGAGGUACAGCCCGCCUUGCAGCAGAUGUCACAAUUCCUGCGGGAUGCGGAGGUUGCUGCAGAUGUGCGGGAUGCAGUCAGUGCUGCGCAGAUGGAAGCAUCAGAGCGCCGGGCGGCAUUGACGGGAUAG